UCGCGUGACGACUGCGACAAGAACUUCUGCGGCCAAGCCAAAGGCAAAGGCAAAGGCAGAAGGAAAGCCUAAGCUGCCUUCAGCCGUGCUCGUAAUCAAAAGCCGAUGAGGUUGAAGAAAACUAUAAAUUAAAACUAUGUACCUGCUAAUUGCAUUAUGGGACUGGGAUGUGACUGCACGAGAGUAAAUGCUGGGAUUGUGUUGCUUCUCAAAAAUAAGUAUGCUGAAAACUAAACAGACGACCGUCGCGCUCCUUCGCCAUCCACAGUUGAAGAGCAGCAAUAUUUACAAACAUUUUGCCACCAAUAAUAAUGGGUAGCAACAACAACAAUGCAUGCCAGCCGUCGCAGUCGCAGCAGCAGCCACAACAGUUGUCCAUCGAACACGUUUCCAGAACCGUAACGAAUGUGCAGUGCACUCCGCCACGCAAUCCGUCGAAUCAGCAAGGCCGUGACUUGGCCAGUACGCCGGAGCAUAUGCGUCCCGGCUUCAGUGGCUCAUGUGUGCCACAAUACGAUCCCGCCGAGUUUGGACUGACCGGCAACGAACAGUGGCAGCAUCCGCAAAUGUUUCGGGACAUGACAUAUGAAACCGAUGCUGCCACCAUGGACAGUUUUCGUCAGGGUCAGCCGUGUCGACCGGGAUAUGGAGCUCCAGCCGCGCCCAAUCUGAGCGAUCUUCCCGAAGAGUGUUUGGAGGACGUCUCAACGCCUGGCUUUCAAAUGAGCAUGCCAUCUCACAUGUCUGGCACGUGUGACGAAAAUCUGGCCGAUGUCUCGCCACCCUCGAUGUGCCCCUACGUGGAUAGUGUUUAUCGGGAUAUUAUGCAGCGAUUUGAUGAAUUGCGGGAGCGCAUUGCUCGCGGCGAUAAGAUCUUGCCAUCCGAAAAUGGCGAGGUCCACACUUCUAGGCGCAAGGUAGUCACAUGUCGGGACAACUGCGGCAAUGUCACUAGUCACGUGGAAGAGACGAGCACUGUAUCCAAUCCGCCUCGUGAUCAACAACAACUGGCCGAUGUGGAGCCGCCUUCUUUUCUAAAUGGCUCGGAUAUGGGUGCACAGUCCAUGGAUUGUACACCUGCCAUGGGGGCGGGGCGUUCACGCGGUGAUCCACCAAGACGUCUCAACUUUUCGGUGCCACAAUGCUCGAAUGCGGAAAAUCUCAAUGAAAUAACAAUGCCCUCAUUUCAAGAUGCUUCGUUGCCGCCGGCCAUGAGCACACGCAUCGCGCCGCAAGGACUGCCCAGCGAGUGUCUCGCAGAUGUGAGUGCACCAUCCUUCGGAAACACGGCAGACCUACAAGCGAUGGAAAGGCGUAAUGCCAGUGAUAAUGUGUGUAAUCUGGCUGUACACUCAAUGUGCCCUAAUAAUGGGAACGAAGAGUUUAUUGAUGAUGUUACGAUGCCCUCGAUCUGCGGCUUAGAUGUGGAAAAUAGUUCGUCGUUCGGUCGCAAUCGACCGCCAACUAGAGCACAGCAGAGAUCAUUUCCCGCCCAGAAUAAUUGCAGUAACAUUGCGUCCCCAUUGGCCAGUUCAAGUCGUCGGCCCAUGAUGGCCAGUGAGGCCAUGUGUAACAAGACAAUGCCCUCAUUUGGGAAGCCAUCGAGCAUCCCGAGAAGGCAAGCCCGACCUAGCAUGCCCAGUGAGUGCUUAGAUAAUGUGAGUGCGCCAACUUUUGGUCGCAGUAUGUCACGCGGAGGAACCCCAAGCCGACAGUGUAGAUCGCAGAAUAUCGCUGAUAUAUCAGCGCCAUCGUUUGGUAGCUCAGGACGUGGAACAAUGACUCAGGAGUGCCUAGAAAAUGUAACUAUGCCCUCGUACAACAACAUGACGGGCACUCCCAGGAACAGGGGUAGAAACGCUGCCUGCCAGCAAAGAUCGAUGCCAUCUGAAAACCUCUGUGACGUGUCCACACCUUCGUUUGGCAGCAGUGGGCGGUCUGCAAUGCCGUCCCAGUGUCUAGAUGACGUGACAAUGCCAUCAAUGGGACAAGUGUCUGGUGUUUCUCGACGGCAACCACAACGCAGUCUACCCAGUGAGUGCUUAGACGAUGUCAGUGCGCCAUCAUUUGGGCGCAGCAUGUCGAACCGCGGAGCUUUGGGGCGUCAACAAAGAACUCCACUUCCACAAAAUAGAUGCGAUACAUCAUCACCCUCAUAUGCUAGACCCGGACCCACGUCUAUGCCCUAUGAGUGCUUGGAAGAUGUAAGCAUGCCUUCGUAUAGAAAUUCAUCGGCAGGUUUUCGGACCACAGCUUCCAGAAAUUUAAAUAGACAAAUGCCUUUGCAAAAUAAAUGCCCAACACCAAAUGAUAAUGCAGGGCGAAGCGAAUUCCUUGAUAAUGUAACCAUGCCGUCUUUUGCAAACGUAUCUGGCUCAUCCAGAAGAUGCUCGGCUAUGCCUUAUGUGUCGAGAAGUACAUCCCCAAGUCGCCCGAAUAGAUCUUUACCGACCCAGAAUAUUUGCGACAUCUCCGAGCCUUCCUUUGCAAGUUCCAGACGCGGUACAAGGGCUUCUGAAUGCUUGGAAAACAACACCAUGCCUUCGUUUGGGAACUCAGGCGGUGUUUCCAGGCCGCAAUCAUAUCCUAGUGAAUGCCUAAAUAAUGUGAGUGCGCCGUCUUUCGGACGCAGCCAGUCAAGGGGAGCUCCUCAAAGAUACCAGAAUAGAUCGCUGCCUUCACAGAAUAUCUGUGACAUAUCUGCGCCCUCCUUCGGCAACUCCAGCCGCGGUCAAGUGGCUGCUGAGUUGCUAGAUAAUGUAACCAUGCCCUCAUACUGCAACGAUGUAUCAACCGCUUCAAGAGGUAGAGGCCCGACACAGCAGAAAUCUGCAAAUAGGCGGAACACUUGCGAUCUACAUAAGUUUGUGGAAAGCCUUACUAGGUCGUCGAUUGAUAAUUGUUCUGGUGCCUCUGGAGGGCGUCGACAAUCAAGUGCAGCUUCUGCAUGUCCCAAUAAUGUUAGUGCACCAUCCUUUGGCAGGAGUAUGCCACGAGGAUCUACAUCACAACGCCGGGGGCGGUCGCUGCCUUCUCGUCCCGUAUGCGAGCAGACACCGCCUUCGUUUGACAACAGCGUACGUUCGAGAAUGCCAAAUGAAUGCCUGGAAGAUGUGUCCAUGCCCUCUUAUCGCAGUAUGUCGGCUUCACCAAGACAACGAGCACCUUCUAGAAAUACAAGUAAGUGCUUAGAGAAUGUGAGUACUCCAUCCUACGCCCGCAGUAUGCCUAGUAGAGGACCGUGUCAAAAUAUCGCUGAUAUAUCAGCACCGUCCUUCGGCAGCUCCGGUCGUGGGACGAUGCGUAAUGAGUGUUCAGAUGUAUCCGGUGCUUCAAGAAGCCGAGCUAGGAGUCCUCGGCGUCAGCAGCGCAGAAAUGGUCCAUCCCAAAACAUCUGUGAUACAUCAGCUCCCUCAUUCGCUAGCUCCAAGCGUGCUGGAAAUACUCCAGGUUGCUUCGAUCGUGAAAUGCCUUCAUAUGCCAACUCGACACUGCCUAACGAGCGCUUGGAUGAUGUUAGCGCCCCUUCUUUCGGACGCUGCGUUUCACAGAAUACUAGCAGAUUCCAAAGGCAAAGAUCGUUGCCAUCGCAGCAAUUGUGCGAUGAGUCUGCACCCUCGUUUGCAUCUACCGGUCCAAAGUAUAACCAAAUGCCGAAUGAGUGCUUAGACGAUAUGACGAUGCCUUCAUAUGGAGGUGUGUCUGGCGCUUCUUAUGGACAGACCCAAACGUCGCAACCUUCUGAAUGUUUGGCUGAUGUGAGCGCCCCAUCUUUUGCGCGCAGUAUGCCGCAGAAUUCUGGCAGAUCCAGAAAACAACAGUCAUUCCCAUCGCAGCAAUUGUGCAAUGAGUCUGCGCCUUCAUUCGGAUCCACCGGUCCUCAGUACAAACAAAUGCCAAAUGAGUGCCUAGAGGACAUGACCAUGCCUUCAUAUGGCGGUGUUUCUGCUUACGGACAGACCCAAAUGUCCCAACCAUUUGAAUGUUUAGAAGAUGUGAGCGCCCCAUCUUUUGCGCGCAGUAUGCCACAGAAUUCUGGCAGGUCGAGAAGGCAGCAAUUGUCCGAUGAAUCUGCACCUUCAUAUGGAUCCACCAGCCCGCAGUACAAUGAUUUGCCCGACGAGUGUUUACAGGAUGUGUCCAUGCCUUCAUAUGGCGGUGUUUCUGGUGCUUCUUAUGGACAGGCACAAAUGUCCCAACCCUGUGAAUGUUUGGAAAAUGUCAGCGCUCCAUCUUUCGCACGCAGUAUGCCGCAGGAUGCUGGCAGAUCCAGAAGGCAGCAAACGCUGCCAUCGCAGCAAUUGGGCGAUGAGUCUGCACCAUCGUUUGCAUCCACCGGUCCUCAGUACAAUCAAAUGCCGAAUGAGUGCUUGGAGGAUAUGACCAUGCCCUCAUAUGGCGGGGCUUCUGGCACUUCUGCUUAUGGACAGACCCAAAUGUCCCAACCUUCUGAAUGCUUGGACGAUGUGAGCGCCCCGGCUUUUGCACGCAGUAUGCCGCAGGAUGUUGCCAGAUCCAGAAGGCAGCAAACGCUGCCAUCCCAGCAAUUGUGUAAUGAGUCUGCACCUUCAUUUGAAUCCAGCGGUCCUCAGUACAAUCAAAUGCCCGACGAGUGCUUACAGGAUGUGUCUAUGCCUUCUUAUGGUGGAGUUAGCGAAUCGUAUGGACGGGCUCAAGUGUCUUUUCCUAAUGAAUGCUUAGAUGAGGAGAGUGCGCCCUCUUUUGGGUAUAGCAACACACAAGAGCCUAACAGAUCCCAAAUGCAACGAACUCUGCCAACGCAACAGUUGUGCGAUGAGUCGGCACCAACAUUUGCAUCUAACGCUCCUAAUGAGUGCUUGGAAGAUGUUUCCAUGCCUUCGUUCGAAGACGUCUGCAGUUCCUCCACACGACAAGCCCCGAAACAACAAAGAUAUCAGAGCGAGAGUGGACGCAGUGCGGCGCAGCAGUCCUUUCCCAGAGAGCAACUGUGUGAUGUAUCGGCACCGCCCUUUGAUACAACAAGGAGGACGAUGAAUGAGGACUGUCUCGUCACCACUAAAACGUCGAGCUAUAGAAGCAAAAGCAACCUACGCCGACCGCGGUCGGAGCCCAGCCAACUGCAUCAAAGCGAUUUUCUGGAGGAUACUAGUGCGCCUAGCUUCGCUCGGAACUGUUCACAAUCCAAAAAUGUGGCUACCAAGCAAAGCGAUUAUUUGUCAGAUGUCUCCAUGCCUCCACUACAUUGCUCCCAAGCUAACAGAUCCGCUAAUACAACAACUUUGCGGCGUGGACAAAGUUUUCCGUGCAUACCAAGUCAACAGAACAUUGGGGACAUUUCGGCGCCAUCUUUUGGCGAUACAUCGGGAGCACAUGGACAGUCCGAGCAGUUGGCUAAUGUAUCGAUGCCUAUGUUCAGCGCUUUUGAUGAUGAACCACGGUCCGUGGCGCGACGUGGUCCCAAUGUAUCGUACCCAUCUGAGCGUCUAGACAACGUGAGCGCACCGCCACUUGAUUGCGGUUCUCCCUGCACAUGCGCUCCGGAGAACACAGAAGCCAUGCCUUCAUUUGGAGCUCAAAAUAUGGGAUACGGAAGACCGGAGCAGUCAGCAACUGGACGGGGUCAAAAUAUGUCAUACCCGUCGGAACGUCUUGCGGAUGUUAGCGCUCCAUCGUAUGGGUACAGUAGUGGAUUUGGUCGAGGGAACCCAGGCCAGCAGUACGGAGGUAGUCCCUGCCCUCCAAAUAAUAUGCAUAAUUCUCGCAACGAGUAUCUGGCUGACGUAAGCCAACCCUCGUUUGACAGCUCUCAUGAGAAUACGAAUACGCGUUGCGUGUCACGCAGUCAACCAUGGGACCAAGCCGCCAGCAUGCCGCCAAGUACAAAAAUCUCACAUCCACCGAGCAGACAUCAGCUGGGCAUGCCAAGCGACGAUUUAAAUGAGAUGUCCGCUCCGUCGUCUAUGGCUAGAGGUCGAGAUCAGCGCGGACUCUCGAUGCCGAGUGAGAAUCUGUGCGAUGUUUCGGCACCAUCAUUUGGCACCACUCUGCCGAGUGUGGCUCAUCGCUGUGUUUGUGAUGAGCCCGAAAAGAAUCCAUCUUCGUUUUCCCGAUCCCAAAUGCCACCUUCCCGUCAAUCGUGUGACCCUCGAUCGGGCUUGAGCAACGAAAAUUAUUAUUCACCGGAGGAAUCGAACGAAUGCUUGGACGAUGUUACACCACCAUCAAUGUGUUGCUACCAGACCCCUCAGGCUCCACAGUAUUCGGCUGGGCAGAAGGCCGCGGACAUUGGUCCCCCGUGCUACUACUCCGCCCAGCCUCCAGCUCCUUGCAAUUCACGCAAUGAUACAGCCAUGCCUUCGGCAGAAGGACCAUUCGCCAACCAAACUUCUCAAGGAGUGUGCAUUGAAAAUGCAACUGAUCCGGCGCUUGAUGGCAGCGCCGAGACCAAGACGCCUGCUUCUGUGCAUCAUGUGACAUCAGAGCAGACAGUUACUCGGCGCAUCGCCAAACAAGCAUCCGAUGGCAACAUGCCCGACAACGGAGGAGCCCCUGGCAAUGGCAACCUAGUAGGCGAAGUCGAAGAAAUAACUGUGAAGACUUCCGUGACAUCUGUAACGCGUGUAUAUACCACGCCGAUUCCAGAUAGUCAGCGCCUAGAGGACAUGUCUAGUCCUCAAUUCGAGAGCACAGGAGUAAGUGGGGCUUCGGGCGCACAAUCGAGCAACCCAUAUCUUACAAAUAUAACCCCGCCGACCUUUGGUCCCUCAUUCGAAUCAACACAGCAGACUGGCUACAAUAAUAAUGCUGGCGAUAAUACGACAUUCCACGGUUUUAGCUCCAUGGAGAAUUAUGCGCCCUUCGACGAGCUUGUGAACUCGUCUCAGCCAGAGCCACGGGCGCAACAACGCAACAACACCGCAACGCAACGCUCGCCUAGACAGAAGACGCGUAAUCAGGAUCCUUGCCAGCAGACGCGCGACCAGCGGACACAUCAGCAGACCCGUCAACAGGGCCAGACACGUCAACAAGGCUGUCAGCAGCCCCAUGAUCAACCGCCUGCCAGCAGCAGUGGCUGCGACGGCAUUGGAGCACCUAGAACGCCCGGACAGCCAUGCGGCAUGGUUAGCACCAGUUUUCCUUACGGUCGACCGCGCUGUCUGCCACGUGACCAGCAGCCGCCGCGAUGAGCAAUAUAAAUGGACCAAAUACCAAUACUUCGUUGCUACCAAUAAGCCAAGUGAAUUGCAGAAAAAUCGUGCACGCGGUCGACAUAGUUAAGGGACCUAUUUGAGGAGUAGGCCUGGAAAAAUCUUCAAAAUUGUAUGAGACGAAUAAAUUGAGUU